AUGCAGGCUGCGAUGUCAGUGGGCGAGCCGGGGCCUCGCAGCCCCCCUCGCCAGGCGACUCCGACCGCGGUCGGACCACAGCAGACAGCACCUGGAGGCGGCGCCCAAGGCUGUGGUGACAGCGUGAGUUGCGAUAGGGCCCCACAAGCGGGUCUGAAGGCACAAAGGGCACCACGCGAGGCGGGGUGCAAAGGGCACGCAGCGAUUCAGGAGCUCGAAGAGAAAGGGCAACGCCAGAGGGGUGCUACGACAGGAAGGUGCGGAGAAGGAGAAGCAGAUAGAGCGAAGGAUGGCAAGCUCGAAGUGAAGGGAGGGACGCGCAUGCACAAGCUCAUCGAACGUGCGCUUGAGUCUCUUCAGCAGACAGGUCGCGUGGAGCUUCUCGGACGGGUGGGCGGCGGCGGGAUGGACAAAGUCGUGUCUACCGCGGAGAUCCUCAAGCGGAAGUGCCCCAGUCUCGACCAAGAGUCUUUCUUCUCCGACUUUGACACGGGAGGCGAGAGGCGGCGCACAGAUGUGGCGCUUCACGUCAUUCUGCGGAUGCGGCUCGAGGCUUCAGAGGAUUUGAUCCAGCGAGAUAUGAAGUGA